AAAAUAUUUUAAAUUCCUUACAGAUUGGGCAAAAUGACUGCUACAAAUCCAGAAAAAGAUGAGUUGGAUCUUGAAGCAGUUGGACGAUUUCCUAUGACAUCAAGGAUAUUUGCCAUAAAUGGUGUCUUCCCUACUUUAAGAGCUUGCCUGCUGAAAAGGGGAUGGAUCGAAAAGAAACAUCGAUUUCAUUUCUGUACCAAAACGGAACCUUAUAUGUGGCCAUUUACAUAUGAUCUUGUCAGGAAGAGUGAAUCAAAAGGAAUCAAUAAAAAUCAGAACGCCAAUAAAAGAUACCCAAACAGAAUCCUUAAUAUUUGGGAAAAAGAAAUAGAUAAUAAAAAAACUGUUAGUAAAAAUAAAGAUACUAGGCGUAAAAAAUUAAAUACGAUAGGAGAAACGCAAUGGUGGGCCAAGGAUGUAGUCUUGAAAAAAGUGUUUAGUAAUUUUGCUAAUCCUAAAGAUGGCUUAUACGUUGAAUUAAUAUUAACAUUACAGUAUUUUGCUACAUCAAUAAACAUUCAACCAAACAUACGAAUAAAAGCAAAAUCUUUUCUAGAUACGGGAAAGCGGCGCCGAACGUCACACGUACACGUUUACACGUUUAAAACGUGUGCCUCAACCUCUCUAGUAACUAGACUACUCUGUGCUAAUGUGAUUGAUGACACAUUAAAAAUUGUCCUUGACAGACGUGUCAAUAAUAAAUGCAGUAUUGGCCAUUUUGAACUGGGUUAUCAAGGUGAUGUUUUACCAUGGACUGAAUUCAGUGAUAGAACAUUAGUUCUAACUGGAAAGAAGAUAGAAAAACCCAUCAGAAACUCAACCAAACUUUCAGUAUCAAGUAAUCUGAUGACAAAUAAAAGCACUGUAAAAGAAGGAAAAUCAAAAUUCGAAGAAGAAGUAUAUUGUGCAAAAUUAAUACUGUGGUGUGCAUCAAACCUUUAUAGGAACAUACAAAAUUAUAAAUUCAAAAAUUCCUAUGUGGAUAAAAUUGUGAACGACAUCAAAAACUGUGAAAAGUACAACUAUUAUUCAGUUUGUAAUGGUUCUAUACCUGCAAAAACACAUUACAUUGUCCCUCAACAUUUUGGCAAUUCAAAAAAUAAAAAUAAAUCUUUUACAAUUUUUGAGAAGGCUAAUAUAAGAAUAGUGAUGACAGAAAAUGUAUGAAACAGAACAAUAUUGACAAAUUAUUCAAGUCAGAAACUAAUUCAAAAGAAGGAAAUUUAAAGGAGAUAAUCAAUCAACAGAAAUUAAAGACUGAGGAAAGCAAAGUGCUUAUGAAAAAUUCAGAAUGUCUGAAUUUACGUCAAGCAACAUCAAAGACUAAAUCAACAGAGAAAGUACAGAAAAUGCUUCCAAAAAUUAAUACAUUAUCACAGUUUCAAAUUACAAAAAGUAUACAAAGUAAAGAAAUGAAUAUAAUGAAAAGAAAGAAAACUCUUUCUAACAUAUUAAAUGAAUUUAAAUAUUCAAAAAGUUACAGAUCUUUGAUUGAUGGCUGCAGAAAACCAACUCCACAAGACAUAAAUAAAACAACUUCUGUAGAAAGAAAACUUAGUUUAUUAUUAAAACGUAUUAAAGAAAAAAAUAAAUUUCUAAACGAUAAUUCAGAUACUAAAAUUAAAGAUAUUGAAAGACCAUUAAAUCUGCAGAAAUUCUCUUUAAAACAAUCCAAACCAAUUCCUCCAAUUUCCAAAAUCAAUCAAAAACAGCAAACUUAGAAGAUAAGCAAGAAC